AAUGAAGCAAAAGAAAGUUGAGUAGCAGCCUAAUGAAACAUAUGCUUCUGUAGUAUUCUAUAGUCUUUAACCUCUGUAAUAAAUAAUACAAACCCAAGAUGGGUUAUAUACAGUGCCCUCCAAUAAUAUUGGCACCCUUGGUAAAUAUGAGCAAAGAAGGCUGUGAAAAAUUCUAUAUUGUUUAACCUUUUUCAUCUUUUGUUCAGAAAAUUCAUUAAAAUGCUGUGCUCUCAUGGAUAUCAAACAAUUUAAAACAAAACAGGUUUAUCAAAAAUGUAUUAUCUUUGUUACAUAGAGGUGUGAAACAAUUAUUGGCACCCUUUUAGUCAAUACUUUGUGCUACCUCCCUUUGCCAAGAUAACAGCUCUGAGUCUUCUCCUAUAAUGCCUGAUGAGGUUGGAGAAUACAUGGCAAGGGAUCUGAGACCAUUCCUCCAUACAGAUUCUCUCCGGAUCCUUCACUUUUUGAGGUCCACGCUGGUGGACUCUCCUCUUCAGUUCAUCCUACAGGUUUUCUAUGGGUUUCAGGUCAGGAUACUGGGAUGGCCAUGGCAGGACCUUGAUUUUGUGACAGAUGAAGAGGUAAGAAAAAUCAAAGAGCGAAGAUUGGAGUCUUCAAUAGAACAGUUGCUCUCAAAAAAGGAAAAAACUGCUGGUGAGGAUGACACAGAGGCUGAUGAUGUACCCCAGUUGACUGCGCAUCAGAAAGAACUAAGAGAGUUCUUAAAGUCUUUGUUUGAAGUGAUUGUGCUAAUAGGAAAACAAAACAUCCCAUCGAGUUACCAGUCAAAAGAAGAGCCAUUUAUCAUGAGCACAUUUCAUGCUUUGCUGGAAAACCGCAUUAAUGCUGGCGAUGAAGUUCUUAGAGCACGGUUUGAAGCAGCAGCUGUUAAUGAGGAAUUGUGGCCAGGAGCACAGCAGAAGCAACUGCUGGAUAUUUGUGAGCGAUGCGUUCGCGAUGAGCUGCUGCAGGAAGUACGAGAAAGCCGUUUCUUUUCACUGGUGACUGGGGAGCUGGUGGAAUUUCCAGAAGGUCAGCAUUUCCCGGUGUUCUUGCGUUUUGUGGACCAAAGCAACACUCUCAGGGAGGAGUUUGUCGAGUUCUUCUUGUUUGAAGGAGAAGGAGAGGAGCAAUUUAUGGCAGACAAAUUGGAGACUCACAUUAUGAAGGAAUGGGAUCUGAGCAUGGAACACUGCAGAGGUCAAGCACACGCAGGCUCUGGUGUCUUUGGCAGUAAGAUGAAAGCCAUAGCCAACCAACUGACAGAGAAAUACCCAAUGGCCAUGAGUACACCAUGUGCAACCUAUGCGCUUAACGUACACCUAGCUAACAGCAUUCCGCUGACUGGUGUUCAAGUCGUAAUGUCGGUUCUUAAAAAGACAGAUGCCUUCUUUAAGUCUUCUCCACUUCUGCAGGCUGAACUCGACAGCGCCAUCUCUAUUCUCUCACAGGGCAACAUGGAGAAAGGAGAAGAUCUCAAAGAGAACUGUCGUGCCAUGUGGACAGAGCUGCAUAAUGUGUUUGAGAUGGCUGUUGAUUUGUUAGAGCCACUUCUGCUCUGCAUGGACAGCAUACAAGACAACGAAGACCUGAAAUGGAACGACCAGUUCACCAGCGAUGCUUACGCCAUCUCCGAGGCUUUGGCUGACUUCGAGUUUGUCGUUACUCUGGUCGUAAUGAAGAACGCUCUCUCAUUCACAAGAGCCUUUGGUAAAAACUUGCAAGGAGAGACUCUUGAUGUGUAUUUCGCGGCUAGCAGCCUAACAGCCGUCUUGCAUUCUUUGCAUGAGGUUCUAGACAACAUUGAAGUUUACCACGAAUUCUGGUAUGAGGAAGCUGUAAAUCUGGCCUCAGCGAUGGAGAUCCCAGUCAAAGUGCCCAGACUGUUCCUCAGAAAGCAACGGGCGAUUGAAACGGUAGAAAUACAGGCCGAGUCCUUUUACAAAGAGUACCUAACUCUUCCGCUCAUGGAGCACAUCACUCAGGAAGUGAAGGACAUGUUCUCGGAUAACCAUAUCAGGGCUCUUAAGUGCUUGUCUCUUGUUCCAGCAGUCAUGGGCCAGAUGAAAUUUAACACCUCAGAGGAAGCCCACGCGGACAUAUUCAGAAGCGAUCUUCCUCAGCCAGACACACUGCCUGCAGAGCUUCACUGCUGGAGGAUCAAAUGGAAACACAGGGGAAAGGAAGUCAACCUGCCGUGCACCAUUCAUGAAACACUACAGCACUCGGACGUUAAGUUCUUCCCAAACGUCAACGCGUUCCUGAGAAUUCUGGCCUCUUUACCCGUGUUGACGUUUGGGGGUCAGGGAGGUACUGGACAGAAACGCCUACAGGCUUACCUUUCAGACACACCAGUGAGGCACAGGUCAAAAAGUUUGGCUGUGCUGAAUAUCAAUUACCAUGUUAAAGUAGAUCUAGAUGAAAUGGUUGAAUGUUAUAUCAAAAGUUACCCAGAAGAAAGUGAUUAAAUAGUGGCCUUUACAGAGACUUAACAGUGGAACUCUUUUCUAGAUCACACUGUGCUUAUGAGCAUAGGGUAGAUUUAAAUUAUUUUUUAUUUUUCUAACUGGUGUAUACAAUUUACCAUUUUGCAGGAUUAAUAUUCUGUUAGUCAUUACAGUGUUAAAUGUAUUUAUACUGUUUUAUAUUAUACAGACCUUAUGAGCCUAAAUGCAUUUAAUUAAAUGGGUAUUAACUGGUGUGUAUAAAUUUCACCUGUGUGAAACAUUUGAAAGUGAACAAUCUUGAACCAUCACAACUGGUGCAUUGUUUUAAACACUGUACUUCAUUUACAAUGUAAAUAAAUGUGACAUAUUUUUAA